AUGGCAGGAGGAGGAGGGAAAGCCAGGCCGCUGGAGUUCACGCCGACAUGGAUCGUCGCCUCCGUCUGCUCCAUCAUCGUCAUCAUCUCGCUGAUCUUCGAGCGAUUGCUCCACCACCUAGGCAAGAGGCUGAUGAGGAGCCGAAAGAAGCCACUGUACGAGACCCUGCUCAAGGUGAAGGAGGAGCUGAUGCUGCUGGGGUUCAUCUCCCUGCUGCUCAACGUGCUGCAGGGCCCCAUGGGGAGGUGGUGCGUGAGCCCAGACAUCAUGCGCUACCUGCUGCCCUGCAAGCCGCCGCCGCGCGCAUCGGGCGACACCGAGCACCUCGGCGGCGCCGUGUUCGCCGGCGCGAUGGGCGGGGCGAGGAGGCUCCUGGCUGGAGGAGACGACUCUGAAGACUACUGCAUGCAAAAGGGCAAAGUCUCAUUGCUUUCAGCUGAAGCUAUUCACGAGCUACACAUUUUUAUCUUCGUGCUGGCGGUCACUCACUUCGUUCUCAGUGCUAUUACAGUUCUUCUAGGAAUUGCGCAGACGAGAAAUUGGCAACAUUGGGAGACCAAAAUCCAAGAAAAAGAUGUUGAUGCUUCUCAAAUGAUCAAGCAUGUUCAAGAAUUCAAAUUUAUUCAAGACCACUUUAGAGGUCAUCGAAAACGGUGGAAGACUGUUGGCUGGAUGCGUUCCUUCUUCAAACAAUUCUAUGGAUCCGUCACCAAGGAGGACUACACAGCGAUGCGACUUGGUUUCAUCAUGAAACACUGUAGUGGAAACCCGAAAUUCAGGUUUUACAAUUACAUGAUUAGAGCACUGGAGGUUGAUUUCAGGAAGGUUGUUGGUAUCAGUUGGUACCUUUGGGCUAUGCUUAUGAUAUUAUUAGUACUGAAUGUUCAAGGAUGGUAUGUCUACAUUUGGAUAUCGUUGGUUCCAUUCAUCAUCCUACUUGUGGUAGGAAGUAAGCUGGAGCACAUCAUCACAGAAUUGGCUUAUGAGGUUGCGCAGAAGAACAGACCGAUUCAAGGGGAUUUAGUAGUAGCUCCUUCAGAUGAUUUCUUUUGGUUCCGUCAGCCUAAAUUAGUCCUCCUUUUGAUCCACAUCGUCCUAUUCCAAAAUGCAUUUGAAAUUGCAUUUUUCUUUUGGCUCCUGGUCACGUAUGGCUUCAAAUCGUGCAUCAUGGGAAAACCAGCAUACGCUAUUACUCGAGUUGUCAUAAGUGUCCUUAGCCAGCUCCUUUGCGGAUACAGCACCCUACCGCUUUACGCCAUCGUCUCUCAUAUGGGAAAUUCAUUCAAGAAAUCUAUAUUUGAUGACAAUGUGACCGAAGGCCUUGCCAUCUGGGCUGAAAAGGCUAGGAGACGAAGAACCACCGUAUAUGCAACAAAUUCACCAAUUGAUGAGGCAAAUAGUGGAGAAAUUCAAAUGCAAAAUACUCGGGACACCUCAUUACUGGAGCAAGGCACGGCUAGGAUAGUAUAAUUGCAUACAUUUGUCGAUGCAAAGGGUUCUAGAGUACCAUUUGGUAAAUUGUACAGUUAUUUCUCUUCUGCAAACUACUAUUGCAAAAGUUAUCCUUUGGUAGCACUGACUCUUGAUGUGCUUGAUAUGGAAAUCAAAUUAAAC